AUGUCGGUGACUCUACACACUACCCUCGGUGAUAUCAAGAUCGAAGUGUUCUGCGAGAGUGUCCCAAAGACUGCAGAGAACUUUCUUGCUCUCUGCGCAUCCGGCUACUACAAUGGCUCUCUCUUCCACAGACUCAUACCUCAUUUCAUGAUCCAGACUGGUGCGCCUCCAUCACAGCCAAAAGGGGGUACAUCGAUAUGGGGGGAGCCCUUUGAAGACGAGAUCCGACCCGCGCUGCGGCAUAAUGCUCGAGGGAUUGUGAGUAUGGCAAAUAAAGGACCAGCAACAAACGGUAGUCAAUUCUUCAUCUGCUUCGAUAAGGCACCGCAUCUGGAUGGCAAGAAUACUGUCUUUGGUCACGUUAUCGGGGACGACGGCAUGACGACAUUAUCGAAGAUGGAGGAAAUUGAGGUGGAUAAAAAGAACCGACCAAAGCAGGAGAUCAAGAUCGAAAGUAUUACAAUUCAUGCGAAUCCCUUGGCGGGCUGA